AUGCACACGCAAAGGAGGAGUGACACGCCCAUGGCAGCUUACCAGAACACUGAACGAAGCACCAAACCUAUCAAGAUAAGGAAGAUAUGCUGCAUCGGCGCCGGUUACGUGGGAGGACCAACGUCAGCCGUUAUUGCAAGCAAAAACCCCGAAAUUCAGGUCACCGUCGUUGAUUACAACCGUGAACGUAUCGAGGCCUGGCAGACGGACAACCUCCCCAUCUACGAACCUGGUCUUCUCGACGUCGUCCAAGCGGCACGCGAUGCAAAAUCCAAGCGUACACCAAACCUCUUCUUCUCAACAGACGUCGAUCGAUGCAUCGCGGAAGCAGACUUGAUCCUACUGAGCGUCAAUACACCCACUAAGUCUUUAGGACGCGGUGCUGGUCACGCGUCAGAACUAUCCUUCCUAGAAUCAGCUGUUCGUAAGAUAGGCGAAGUGGCCGAGAGCAACAAGAUAAUCGUAGAAAAAAGCACAGUGCCUUGUCGAGCCGCCGACACGCUUCGAGAUGUCCUCUCCGCAACAGCAAAGCCCGACCUCCACUUUGAAAUUCUUUCGAAUCCCGAAUUCCUGGCCGAAGGCACCGCCAUCCCAAACCUGCUGAACCCCGACCGCAUACUGAUCGGCUCUCUCAAAACGCCACGAGGCCUCCAAGCAGCUCAAGCCCUCGCAGACGUCUACGGUUCCUGGGUCGACCUCGACCGCAUCAUCACCAUCAAUCUCUACAGCUCGGAGCUCGCCAAGCUCGCCGCAAACGCCCUCCUCGCGCAACGCAUCUCCAGCGUCAACGCCCUCAGCGCAAUGUGCGAGUCCGUCGGCGCCGACAUCGACGAAGUCUCGUACGCCAUCGGCCUCGACAAGCGCAUCGGCUCGCGCAUGCUAAAAGCCUCCGUCGGGUUCGGCGGCUCCUGCUUCCGCAAAGACAUCCUCUCCCUCGCCUACAUUGCUGAAUCGCUGCACCUCUUCGAGGUCGCGGACUACUGGCGCUCUAUUGUCGAGAUCAACGAGUACCAGAAGGAUCGGUUCACGAGGAGGAUCGUGAGAUGCUUGUAUAACAGUCUGAGUGGGAAGACGCUUGCCGUGUGGGGUUUUGCGUAUAAGAAGGAUACGGGCGAUACGAGGGAGACGGCUGCUAUUAGUGUUGUGGAUAACGUCCUUACUGAGGGCGCGAACGUGCGAAUAUACGAUCCGCUCGUUAAGGAGACGCAGAUUAGGCAGGAGCUGAAGAGCACGACGUCACGGCUUGACUGUGCGGAGAAGCAGCUCGUGGUGUGCGAAUCGGCGUAUGAAGCGUGCACAGGGGCGGACGCCGUCAUUAUACUGACGGAGUGGGAUGAGUUUAGCAACCGAGGUGAGGUCGCGAGAAGGGACUCGGGUCAUGGGAAGAAGACAGAGGAGAGGACUGGGAGGAAGGUAGACUGGGCUCGGGUCGCGGAGGUGAUGAGGCGGCCGAUGUUUGUUUUCGACGGGCGGAAUAUUGUAGAUGCGGGGGCAUUGGAGGAGCUGGGCUUCAGGGUAGAAUGCAUUGGAAAGGCGUAG